AUGCAGGCAGUAGAGGCUGCAAAGCAGGUGGAGGAGGCAGCGCAUGUGACCAAUCUAAUCUCUCUACGAGACCAGUACGCAGCUCUGGAGCAGGCUGCCAGCGAUGGGGCAUUCUGGGAGGACCAGGAGAGCGCUCAGGCCACGCUGCAGCAGAUGAGCGAGCUGAAGGGCAUCGUGCAGGAAGUGGAGGGGUUCCAGGGCCUCCUGGGAGAUGUACAAACAGCCAUUGAACUCGCUGAAAUGGAGGCAGGUCCUUUCUGCCUGGAGGGGGUCGAAGCGUUGGAGAGGCUGCAGAAGGGGCUUGCCAGGUGGGAGCUGCAGCGGCUGCUGGGCGGCGAGUAUGACAAGGGCAGCGCCACCCUCAGUAUCCAGGCAGGUGCCGGGGGCACGGAUGCGAUGGACUGGGCGGAGAAGCUGGAGCGCAUGUACACGCGCUGGGCCGAGAAGCAGGGCUACAAAACACGCUCACUGAGUUUCCUUUUGUGCAACGUGCAAUCAGGCGAGGAGGCCGGGGUGAAGAGCGUGGAGAUGGAGGUGCAUGGGAGAUACGCCUAUGGGUACCUGGCAGGCGAGAAGGGAACGCACAGACUGGUGCGCCAGUCCCCCUUCAAUGCCAAGGCUGCGCGUCAGACCAGCUUCGCUGCCGUGGAAGUCAUGCCAAUCCUCGGAGAGAAGGCGACCCAGGUGGAAAUUCCUGAAUCUGACUUGGAGAUCACGACCACUAGAUCACAGGGCGCAGGCGGCCAGAAUGUGAACAAGCUGGAGACGUGCGUGCGCAUCAAACACAUCCCCACAGGCAUCGCCGUACGGUGCCAGCAACAGCGCUCGCAGCUGCAGAACAAGGCGCUGGCAAUGGAGCAGCUCAAGGCGAAGCUGGUGGUAGUGCAGCAGGAACAGCAGGCGAGGGAGAUAGCCGAGAUCAGGGGAGAUAUUGUGAAGGCGGAGUGGGGCCAGCAGAUCAGGAACUAUGUGUUCCACCCCUACAAGCUGGUCAAGGAUGUGCGCACUGGCAUGGAAACCUCUGAUGUGCCAGGGGUCAUGGAUGGAGAUAUAGACCAGUUUGUGCAGGCCUACCUACGGCACAAGGGCCGCCUCAGCACGGAGUGA